UGCUUUCUAAGGCGCACAAGUAAAAUGGCAGCACUCUACAUAUUAAUUUUUUCAACGUUAUUAGUGGCAGUAUGUAGCAAGAUGUGUGGUAGGACUAGUGGAGAAUGCCUAGAUCUGUUACGACCAGUAAUAUGGAGUAUAGCUCAAAACUGCACUGACGAUGAUGGUAUCCUCACACAGUAUUGGUGGCACACUCCCACAAAUGCAGUACAGAUAAAUUCGGUUACUGAAAUUGAUAAAGUAAAGCCGAUUAUUUUCCUGUUGCACGGUUGGGCCGGAUCAAGAGAUGUAGAUUAUAUAAAAGCUAUCAGGGACGCCUACUUGGAGAGGUACCAAUCAAAUCGUACCAUUAUUACUCUUGAUUUCGGUAUGUACGUUGCUGGCGACGGUAUUUUGACGUACGCCAACGCGUUCUGCAAUGCACCGGCGGUUGCGAUGGGUUUUGGCAAAUUCCUAUGCAAUCUAGAUGCUUAUGGGGUAAGUCCCAAAAACAUACACGUCGUCGGACAUUCCCUAGGAGCACAAAUUGCCGGAAUGGCGGGCGCCUAUAUUAAACAAAAUUGUAAUCGCUCCGUUGCAAGAAUUACGGGGCUGGAUCCCGCGAGUAUUGGAUACCUUUGUGCAGGUGCAAACGAAUGUAGAUUGGAUGAAACUGACGCAGACUUUGUUGACGUUAUCCACACCGACUCAGGGGGUUAUGGGACCACGUUCAAUUCUGGUCAUACCGAUUUCUAUCCUAAUAAUGGUAUCUGGCAACCAAACUGUGUUGAUUUGAAAAUUAAUUAUACCCAGAUAUUGUUAGACCCUCUAUCUGUUGUACUUACACCAGUGUCUUGCAGUCACCAACGCAGCUGUUUCCUUUUUGCGGAGAGUAUUCGUUUAAAUAGCUUUCCGGCAGAAUUUUGCUUGCUAUUGUCUUUUAAGGUACGUUAUAUGGGAGAGUACUGCAAACCAGAACUGGGGACCAGAAUGUGUGGAUUGCGGACAAAUGGACAGUCUCCUUAUGGUCGUGGUCCUAACGGUCCAUUGAAUUAAUUUUUGAUUGUUAUUACUGUAAAC